AUGACCAAUAGACUGAAGGCAGAAGAUAUUCAUUUUGUGGAUAUGAACAGGGAAGUGCUGACGGUGAAUGAGUUGCUUGAGGAAGGAUCCCGAGGCGUCGGCCAGAGCAUGCGGCGGGUGGCGGAUGCCGAAAAAGACUAUCCUUGUGACCAGACUUACGGUUACCGCCUGUGCGGUAUGGCCAUCCAAAUGGUCAUGCACAUGCAUUGUGCGUUGCAGUAUUCUGCGGAGCACAGAUCCAACGGCACGGUUCGUCCGGAGAAAGAACAGCAUGACACACCAAGCGGAGACCAAUCGUCGAUCGCAAACUCUAGAAAUUCUAUUCCCGUGCUGCGAUUCCGAUGCUUCCUGUGCCCGCGGCUUGCAGAAGGGUACAAUCCUGCACCAACGAAUCAGUCAGAUGGGCUCGCCGCGACAGCUCUCGCUAACUUGAAGGCAUAUGUGGCCUCUUCCUCCAAUCAGACUUGCACUGUUGAAAAUGCGGCCAAGCGAAGAGAGUGGGGCGACCUGUCCGUAAGCGAGCGCGUUAACUACACCAGUGCAGUAAACUGCCUGAUGUCCUUGCCCUCGCGAUACAACAACACUGAGUACCCGGGUGCCAAGAGCCGUUUCGACGACUUUAAUGUACCCCAUAUAGCGCAGACGCUCACGGUUCACUUCACAGCCAACUUCUUGUCUUUCCAUAGGUACUUUGUCUGGACUUUCGAGCGGGCGUUGCGUGACGAGUGUGGCUACACGGGUUACCAGCCCUACUGGAACUGGGGCAAGUGGGCAUACGACCCUAUCAACUCGCCGCUCUUUGACGGCGGCGUUGGUAGCCUCAGCGGCAACGGCGAGUUCGAGCCACACAACUUCACCAACGGACUCAAGGACGGGGACGUCGCGGAUUAUAUCCCACCCGGAAGUGGUGGUGGCUGCGUUACGACUGGGCCCUUCGCCAAUUACACAGUCAACCUGGGCCCUAUAUCGCCCACCUUGGAGGAGCCUGAGGUUGUUGCUGUGAACUCCACGUAUGACUACAACCCGCGUUGCAUGAAGCGGGAUAUCAGCUCGUGGGUGUCGUCGCGCUGGACGACGGAGCAGAACGUCACCGACCUGCUCACACAAUGGGACAACAUCAUCGACUUCCAGGACAACAUGCAGGCCACCAAUAUGACUGGCAAUUUUGGCGUCCAUGGUGGCGGCCACUUCACAUUUCAGGGCGAUCCGGCUGGUGAUAUCUACAGUGCUCCCGGUGAUCCAGCUUUCUGGCUGCACCACGGGCAAAUUGACCGCGUGUGGUGGAUCUGGCAGAACCAAGACCCAGAGAGCAGAACAAGUGCUUUCGGCGGCACCAUUACCUCCAAGAAUGAGCCCCCAAGCCGUAACGGGACUCUCAAUGAUACAAUUGACGUUGGCGUGAAUGGAGACAUAAUGGAGAUUGCUUUGGCCAUGUCCAGUGUUGGCAUGACUGGCGGCCCAUUCUGUUACGUCUACGUCUGA